UUGUCAAUUUGGCUGUCAUCUGUCAUUUAAGUACACAUUGUAUCGGGAACAUGUGUAUAUUCGUGUAAAAUAAAUAAUAUAACACAAACUUCUUCAAUAUGCCUACUCCAGACAAGAUUUUGAUGAGGAAAAUAAAAAAGCGGGAGAAGAAAAAGUUAAAGCUAAUUAACAAGAAGACCAAUGGAGUCUCUGAAGACAAUGCAGAAGCUGAGAAUAACACUGAGAUAGAAGUCAAGAAAAGACCACGUGAGGACAGUGAAAAUGCAGUACCCAAAAAAAAGAAAAAGAAAGUAAAGGAAGUAAAACCAGAACCAGUGGCAGUGAAAGAAGAGAGUGAUUCGGAAGGGAGUGACUCUGAUGCAGACGAGGACAACAAAGCAGAUGAUGAUGAGGAAAAUGAAACAAACACAGAGAGUCAAUUGCCCGGUUCCAGCUUAUGCCUUGGCAUCCUAUCAGACCAAAAGUUCAGCGCUCUAGAAGGAAAAGUGUGUGAAUCAACAUUGAUGGGAAUCAAAGACAUGGGUUUCACCACCAUGACUGAAAUUCAGGCUAAAGCUAUUCCCCCACUUCUUGAAGGAAGGGAUCUUGUGGGUGCUGCUAGAACUGGUUCUGGAAAAACCCUGGCCUUCCUAAUACCUGCUAUUGAUCUUAUCUAUAAACUGAAAUUCAAGCCUAGAAAUGGUACUGGUGUGAUAGUCCUGUCCCCAACUAGGGAAUUGGCUAUGCAAACAUUUGGUGUUUUGAUGGAGUUGAUGAAAUAUCAUCAUCAUACUUAUGGUUUGGUGAUGGGAGGAGCUAAUAGAAGUACUGAAGCACAAAAGCUGUCUAAAGGUAUUAAUAUACUAGUGGCAACACCAGGUCGUCUACUGGAUCACUUGCAAAACACACCCGACUUUUUGUACAAAAACUUGCAAUGUCUUGUCAUUGAUGAAGCUGACAGGAUAUUAGAGAUUGGUUUCGAAGAAGAAGUCAAACAGAUCAUCAAACUACUGCCCAAACGUCGUCAAACAAUGUUGUUCAGUGCCACCCAGACUAAGAAAACUGAAGCUUUGACAGCCCUCGCGGUAAAACACGAACCAAUCUACGUAGGAGUUGAUGAUCACAGGGAACAAGCUACCGUUGACUCUCUAGAACAAGGAUACAUAGUAUGCCCAUCAGAAAAGCGUAUGAUGGUUCUAUUCACAUUCCUAAAGAAGAAUAGAAAGAAAAAGGUGAUGGUGUUCUUCUCCACCUGUAUGUCUGUGAAGUAUCACCAUGAGCUCUUCAACUACAUCGAUUUACCUGUCAUGUCUAUACACGGAAAACAACAACAAACAAAGCGUACGACGACCUUCUUCCAAUUCUGUAACGCGGAGUCAGGUAUACUGUUGUGCACGGAUGUCGCGGCCAGAGGUCUGGAUAUACCAGCCGUUGAUUGGAUCGUACAAUACGACCCUCCAGAUGAUCCUAAGGAGUACAUUCACCGUGUAGGCCGUACAGCUCGUGGUUUGGGAACGAGCGGACACGCGUUGCUCUUCCUCCGCCCUGAAGAACUUGGCUUCCUAAGGUUUUUGAAGCAAUCCAGAGUAACGCUCAACGAGUUUGAAUUCUCAUGGAACAAGAUUGCCGACAUACAAUUGCAGCUGGAGAAAUUAAUAUCGAGAAACUACUUCCUGAACCAAUCAGCUAAAGAAGCGUUCAAGAGUUAUUUGCGAGCUUACGACUCGCAUCAUCUCAAGACCAUAUUCGAUAUCGAUACAAUCGAUUUGGCAAAGGUAUCGAAAUCAUUCGGCUUCACCGUUCCCCCCGCUGUUGAACUCAAAGUGGCCAACAAAGGACCUCCUCAAAAGAGGAAAGGAGGUGGAGGAUACGGAUAUUUCAAGUCUCUGAACGCCCCAACCAACUUCAAACAAAAAGCUGAGAAGACGAAAAUCUACAGGCAAAAAGGAAACAACAGAAAAAGUGUAGGCUAACUUAAAAUAAAUAAAUCAGUUUUAUUUUGAA